AUGGAGACCAGGGGUCUUUCUCUCGAGCAGAUUGACAUCCUCUACCAAAACACCACUCCCGUCAAGAGUGUCUCCCACCGCGAUCAGCUCAUCGCUCACAACGUACACGCUGCCGACGACGAGGCUAUCCGCAAGGCCGCUGGAGGCGAUUCUCGCUUCACCAACGAGAAGACGUCUCAGGCGAGCGCACAAGAGAAGGUCUAA